GUUCCUGUAAAUCAGACAUGAUUAUCAAACACUAGAAAUAUUACAGAGAUUGAAAUGAUAUCAUAAGCAUGUUAUUAACAUGAUUAAUAAGUCGAAUGGUACUGAAAUAUAUUUGUAUAAUUUUCUGAGAGCGAUCAAUAAUCAUAAAACGAAAUCGAAGCAGACAGGAGAUACGCCCACAUAGAGCUACAGUGAAAUGUACAUCUAAAUGAUGUAAAUAGUCAUGGCUAUAAACAAGAUACAAAGACUCAGUGAUCACGCAAACCUUCUACAGAAUGAAGUUGACACAGUAUAGAAAAUAUGCAAAUGACAUUGGUUUAUCUGUCUGAAUACCGAGUAAUCAUGCUUCGAUAUGAAGGAUCAAGACGCAAUUUAUAACGUUGAAAUGUUAUUUUAAGCAAAACAGCUUCAUAUAAAUGGAUAUUGAAUUGAUUUUAAACCUGUAAUGGAAACAAAAUUACAGAAAAACAAUCGACUCUUGGAUUUUAUUAUAAAUGGUGAUAUGUAACGACAAGAGAAUAUUCAUUUAAAUAUUUAACGUAAAAAAAACCCGGAUGUUAAUGAAUUUCUGUUCAAACAUGGCGUUCGUGACUUAGCUAACGCAUUGUACAUGAGAGAUGGCGUUUAACAUCGAAAGCAUUGUCACUAUUCUUUUUACGAUUGCCAUCAUCUUAACUAAUACACUAAUAUUGUUUGUAUUGGCGUGGACAGAAAGUCUUCGUAACAUAAACAAAAUAUACUUCGGUUCCUUGACUAUUGCGGAUUUGUGCGUAGGACUUUUCAUCACGCCAUUUGCCGUUUACAGUACAUUCAGCAAUUCAUGGAUAUACGAAGACGAAAUCUUUUGUCAUAUAGAAGCGUAUCUAAUGGCGAUAUUUUUCAUCGCUGGUGUUUAUUCGUUGUCAUGGAUAAGUGUUGAUCAUUAUUUAGCCAUUCGGAAGCCUCAGAGGCACCAAACGGCUAUGUCGACAACUCGAUCACUUUGCUGGAUAAUAUUUGCUUGGCUAGCUGCAUUUUGUUUUUGUAGUCCGCCAUUAUUUUCUAAAAUUCAGCGUGCGUCAUAUUAUGAUGAAAUUUUCAUGUGCUCAAUAGACCCUGGGCCUCAAAAACCAUACUUCGCAACUGCCGGAAUUAUAGUUCUUUGUCCAGCAUUGCUAGCACUUAUAUUUACAAAUUCAUAUAUUUUUACUGAACGUUUCAGAUCAAAGAAGCAUAUGUUUGAAAACAUAUUGAUUGAUACUGCUACACGACCAAAAAACUAUUUUAUGAACUUUGUUGUCUCAAUAGUUUUCUUUUUAUCGUGGUUACCAUGGUUACUGUUGCAAAUUUCCGGAACAUUCCUUGAAUCACAUUCCGACUAUCCACAUACAGUCCACUUUUACUUUCUAUGGAUUGCGAUUGGUAAUUCAUUUUAUAAGUUCUUCAUUUAUAUGACAUUGAGCCUUGAUUUCCGUCGUGGGCUGAAGCAGUUAUGCUGCAAACGAGAAUGUAGCUGUAGCCAAUGUACUGUACCUCAGAGCGUGAGUAUAAAUUUGAUAACAGCAAAGACAUGAAAAUUCAAGAAACAAACUUUCAUUUGAUGACUUUUCUAAAUAAUUACUGCUGAAAGAAUCCGGUGUCUUCUGAGUAGCUUAGGAAUCAAUGGAUAGUAGUUGAAGACAGUCCACUACAUGAUGAUGUUGUUUGCUGCAUUAAGUAAUCUCGACAUAGUAUUGUAAAAUACAGUUAUAAUUAUGUACAAUUUUCGAAAUCUGAU